GGCGCCCGGAGACCAUCUUGGGAGGCUGAGGCGCAGGGCGCGUCCCGGCGUGCCCCGCGCGCCGCCUGCCUGCCUGCCUGCCUUCCCGGCGUGCCCCGCGCGCCCGCCCCUCAGCGCGGCCUCGGGGCCGCCCGCCGCCGCCGCCGGGCCGAACCGGGCCAGGCCGAGCCGUACCGGGCCAGGCCGUGCUGGGCCGGGCGCUGUGACUCCCUGUAAGUGUCCGCGCCCGCACACGCCCGCCAUGGGGACACCGCUCCUCCUCCUUCGCACUUUAAUUAACGCCAAAGCCGCGCUCGCACGCGGUGGCCGCUGAGAAGCAGCGCGUAUCCGCGGAGAGGCCGCCGACGGCGAAGGAGCCAGGGAGGGCGAGAGAAGCCGCGAGCCGCUGGGCGCGGGAGGCGGCAGCGCGGAGGCCGCUGGGCCUGGCGAGGCGGCGAGGCGGGCCGGGCGAGGCGCUGGGCGGGCCGGGCGUGCUGCGGCGCUCGAGGCGCCCGGCGCUGCCUGCGCUCCAACCAAGCUGGUGCGGCCGCCACAGGAAAGAAAAAAAAUCUCGAAGCUGAGCUGUGCUGCUCCUCUUUGCCUGCGGUUGCGUUUGAUCUCCCCACACAGAUGCACCGGCGCGGCGUGUUCUGGCUUGUGAGGAAUCCGCUCCUGCUACAGCGCUAUUUUUAAUUGCAAGUUUUGGAUCCAUUCAAGCCUUGAAGUCUUCUUACAGUUUACACCCAGAGAUGAUGAUAAGACAAAUAUUCUCAAAUGCAUCGAUGACCUCCAAAGUGGACCAAAAGCAUAAAAGGCCUACAGUCACUGGCUCAAGUCUUGUGAUGUGCUGUUUAUAACUGGACAGGCCUGGAAGUGGCUUAGUGCCUUCCACUCCUAUUUUAAGUCAGAAGCAACAGUAAGCUGAGCUGCCUCAAAGACUGAGUUGCUUCUCCAAAAGGAUGCUCAACUUGCAGCUGAGGUUAUUAACAAGAGCCUUUGUCCCUGAAGAGCUUAACACACGCCUGUAUGAGUUUACAUCAUGUCCGGACUUUGAUGCUGGACACAACUAGGAAGGGAUAAUCCAUAAAAGCUACUUUCCAGUGAGAAAAAAGAUGAAAGCAGGUAACUGAUGCCUGCCGGCACACAGGACACUGCUGCAAGAUCGCAGUGUGAUCUCCAGAUUGUCUCCAACCGGCAGAAGGUUAGUGCGUAGGGUCAGUGGCGAGAGCGUCAGGCAGAGGGAUGUGCUGGUGAAGCCACUCCUGAGUUACAGUGUGCAGCCAACGUCUUCCCUCCAGAGCUGUAUCGUAGGUUUUGAAAGAACAUCCUCAUGCCAACAGUGGAAACACCCAACAGCUGCUCCUUACGAGCCUCACGCUGCCGCCUGCUCCAGGCACCUCCCACAAGGAAGUGAGUGUGAAUAAUCUCCGAAACGGGGAAAAAAUCUAAGUUACAGAUAUUCCAAGAAAGCUAAACUUAUUCUUGCUCACAUGAUGCAAGAAUCCUUUGGACGGUUUUGUGUAAGUUGAGGCUGUUUACUGUAUAAGCAGAAAGGAAGUAAGCAGAAUAACAGGAAAAGGGAGAUUGUCGAGUCUUCAGCAGUAUUGCAGUUAUUCUUUCAGAUUUGGACACCUGAAGUUGUUUUUCUUUAAAUCCAUCAUUUCCCUAGUAUGGAAUAUGAUCUUCAGGAUAUUAUGUGAUCCUCGUCUCCUUUUGCAAACAGAUGGCAUUGUAAGAUAAUGUCAUCCUUAAAAUGGCAAUUUUUGUCUCCUUUGGAGUCUUGUCUUUUCUUUUCUCCUCCCCCGCCUUUUUCUGAAAGAGUGCAUAUAAGGACAUAUAAUGGGACCUAUAACCACUGCUUGUUUUCCCUGGGCUAUCAAUGUAUGGCUACCAUAAUCAUAAUUAUAAAUAAAUAUUUGAACUUUAUGUAAUGCCAUCAGCAAACCUGAAAAUAAGGAAACACAUUUUACUGAGUACGGUAAGACUCUAUUUGUUUUGCUAUUCAAAAUGCUUAAAUUGUUUUCUCACAGCCCAGCUUCAUGUUUAAGAUGUUAUCCAAAAUCACCACUCAUAGCACAUGGAAGCAAUUUCAUUCAUUAGCUCCAUUGAUUUUAAGCUUACUUCAACAGGAUUAUGAUAGAGAUUGAUACAUGUACUAUCUGAAUAUCAUCCAAUACUUCCUAAAGGACUAAAUAGAAAAUACUAAACAAAUAAGAAAGUUAAAAUGCCCUCAGCAUUCCCCCCAAAGAGUUAAAAAUACACAUCUCUGAAACUAUAUAUACUUGUAAAGGAAACAAAAGCAUUAAAUUCUCAUAGGUUACAGCUUAUCUUUGGAGAAGAUGAAAAAAUAUUAGUCAAAGGAUCUGACUGAGAGUUUCAGAACUACAGAUAGAAACGGAAAAGUAAUUCUAACACCAUCAGAUAAUGUAAUGGAAAUUUGCCAUUCCAGCAGUAUAUACAAGAGUUAUCAGUGAGGCUGUGAAGAAUAAGCAGUUGUGACAAGUCAGCGCAGCAGAAACCUCAGUGACCCUCCCAGGGAAAGGCCUUUGCACCCUGCAGUUAUUUCCUGCCUCUAAGUUGUUCGCAAGAGCAGCCCAGAUAAGGAAGAGCAGCGUAACCCAGAAUAGAAUUGCUUAAGCCAUGCAGUCUGCAGGGAAAGCUUUUUCCAGAGGAAGACACUGACUUCAGAACAAAUUACUAUUUUUUUUUUGGUGUCCUCAGCCCUAGAAGUCUGCGCUCUGCUGCACUGCAUGUAUAGCCCAGUGUCUUCUCUUUGUAAGUGUGGGGCAUAACAGGGUAGAAAUUGGACUUCUCUGUACUUUUAGCACAUAUGCAGAGUUUUAAAAACUCUCCACAAAUGCUCACAAAGUCAAUCCAAAUACCUUAAGUGUUCCAGUUUGUUGCUGUCCCUAGUAACAGGGUCAAAUGAUUCAGCAGAAACCUUUCUUAGUAUAAUCCUCCAGAGGUAGAUGAAUACACAAUUGAUGGAGUUUGGAUAUGUUCCCAAGCUGCUACGUUGGUUGGGUCCAAAAGCUCGCGAUAAAUGAAUUUAAUCAGGAAACAUCGCUCGGUCUGAUACGAAUGUCUAAUGGCACCAAUUUGUACUUUCAGCUGCCAAAGUCAGGAGCUAGCUUAGUAGUCAAGAGCCCAAUGAGCCCAAGGUUUCAGAACAAACAACUCUCCUUGGAGAUUAAAGUGUUGCAAAAGAUGUUACUAGACAGCCAGAGGGAGAGUUUCGCCUCUCACUAAAGCAGUUAACCCAGCACAUGCCUCAACUAUUCAAAUGUAUCUGAAAACAUUUCUUUUAAAAGCUGUAUUUUAACAAGUAUUCUGCUUUAGACCAUUGCUGUUUUAUUUUCAGUGAGGUCCUCUUAUAAUUCAUUUUUGUUGCACUUAUUUUUUUAUCUGACCUGCCAAAAAGUAAGAGUUUGUAACAUUUCUGUGGUAUAAAGUCUCAAGUGGCUAUCCGAACCAUUGACUGAAAAGCAGUGGGAAGGUCUGUGAGUCCCUGCGUAGUACCUGUGGCUAAGAGGUAUUGUUUGUAAAGCAAGUUUGAGAGCAGAAUAGCUGUACAGUCUUAAAAGUGGGACCAUCUAGAAGAACAUUCUGUCCACCUGCAUGGUUUGCAGGAUUACAUAUAGUAUGAAAGAGAGGAGGUGGUUAGAGGAAGAAUCUGUGGUCUACCCUAGUUACAUACAUAGACCUGUUCUACAAAACUUCAGAUCACAGCAGCAACCUAGAUUGCAAUAAAUGUUUGUCCCAGCUGUGGAUUUCAUCCCUUCUGUCUCUCUGCUAGACAGUCUAAAUCACCAUUUUUUUCCAUUAUAUUGUUGUCUGACUGCAGUGCUUUUUGGAAGUGCCAGACUGACAAGUAUAAAAUCUGAAAUCUGAUAGUCCUGUAAUAUGCACAGCAAAAAUAGCAUGAGUUGCACGCUGGCCUACCCAAAGCUCUGCUGGUGUUCUUAGCUUUGGUUUGCCAGGUGCCAUUUAGUUCUUGGCUCCUCUGCUAUGAUCAGACUAGUCUAAUUUUUGGAUGUAGCAUAUACAAACAUAGACAGCACUUGCAAAAUAUAUCUAAAUAUGUCCAGGAUACAAAUCGAAGCACUUAGAAGUUCGGAAAUGUCAGAUCAAGUUUGCCCUAAAGUAGCUGUUAUUGAGCUCCUUAGGAUGUAUGCACUUACUUAUAUCAGUAAUUAUACUAUUAUAUGAGUAACUAUACUAUAAUAUUAUAAUAUAGUAAUUAUACAUAUGAUGUACGUAUUUUUACACAAGUCUCCUGCUUAAUUUAGUACACAGACUAGACUUCUACUACAAAGAAUCAGGGCUGAGUCAUGAAGGGCAUUUAUGCUGUUAAAACUCUGUUUCAUUUAUUGCAGAAGUUGCAAGGUGUGAGUCUGAGAAGGUUUUCAGGAAGAGAAGGGAUGAUUGAACAGUUAGAGCAGCUGAAUAGUUCCUUGCAGAAUUGAGUGCAUCUCUCCAUUAGCUACAGAUAGCUAGAUGAUACCAGAAUUCAGAUAACAUAGAGACGAGGGCAUGGAAAAGCCUGGGAGGAAAUGACUAAUUCCAUCUGCAGAGAAAGAUGUGAUGAGUGUGCAAUAAGUGAAGCCAUCCGCAAUACACAGAACGACGAGGAUAAGGUAACAUACUGAAUAACUCUUACUCGAAAGAUUCCCGUGGUGUCACAGAUCGUACAGAAUGCAUACACAUAAAGAAGCCACUUAAAAGCUCCAUAAAACUCUGGAGUGCUUGAUUUUGCCUCCCUAACAUUCUUAAGGUUUUGAUCUGUAAAUUUCUAGAAUUUAAUAGAAUGAGAAUUCUCUCAGAAAAAAGUCCUAUUUUUUUCAGUCCCAUUCCUUCAGUGAGGUGUAUUAUUUUUGCUAAUCCAUUUCUCUUAUCUUUAUUUCGAUAUCUAUUCCACUCCCCCAAAAUAAGCCAGUCAGAGUCAGAUACUUAAUAUGGAAAAAUCCAAUGUGAAUAAUUACAUUUUUAUUUAGUUUUACAAGCUACUGAAAAAGGGGCCUUAUAAUAGAAAAUGUUAGGUGACCUUAAGCAUAGGCAGUACUUUCAGCUCCGCUUGGAGAUAUUUCCAAAUGAGCAGGAACUACAUGUGACGACUUUCUGUGGACGCUUUUCAAAAGACUCCCUCUUUCCUUGCCUUUGCUCAAUAGAAAGGGCUUGGAUUUUCCUUUCUGUGUGGCCACAUCAUCAGACACGAAGCAGGAUAGGCAGACGCAGCAGAGCACUUAGUCAUGCACCACCACAGAAUCUGUGGUUAGGAACAGUUCAGAAAAGGUCCUUUUCAAACAGUCCAGAGGACAGAACUUUGAAGAAAAAUCCACCAUGAGAAAUUCGUACUGAGAUCCUAGCCUGUUUAUGAUCAAAAACUUUUCUUUAUGGCAAUUUUAAGACUUUAUCUUAAAGAUUUCAGACUUGCUGUCCAAGUUCGUAAUGGACUGUAUUUAAAAAAUAAUUUUAUUUUCUUUACCUUAGGGUACUUGGGGGCAAAUUUAGCCAUUGAAGCUAGGCAAUACAAGACACGCUGUUAAGUUUUCCCAUAUGUAUGUGUAUCAACAUGUAUUUUGUUUUCAAGCCAAGCGAAGUAAUACUCUUACAAAAAUUCUGAAAAUCCAGUCUCCUAACAUAUUUUUAUUCUGUGCGAUUUGUUUACACCAUACAUUUAACUAAAAGUGGAUAUUAACCAAAAGGUCUGCCGGUUUCACUUUUGUUUUGAGUUCCUUCUGAUUCGUUUCCCUUUUUGACUGUUGGACUGGCACGAUGCCGCACGGUUUGGGUUGCUAGCGCUGUGGAGGAGUGUCCGUUAUUUAGUUAAACAAACCUGUAUUAGAUCUAAUGGGACCAUUUCUAACAGCAAUAGACUGGGCAAGAACUUUUUUAUAAAAAAGGAAUUGUGAAGUUCUGUGUCUUACUUCCGCGAGUCGGAACACCUUCAUAGCCUGCGCUGAUUUACCUCCCCAGCGCACUUGCUGUGCAGGUGGCUCUCUGCGUCCUCGUGCCCCUCAGGUCAUCUCGGUCAUAACUGUGAUUACAGAAGAGGCGCAGUCCUUGCCCGGGCCCCCCCCGGGGUGUGCCGGGAGCUCCUGCGAGCAGCAUUUACCCUCACAUGGAGCAGCCCAGAGCCGUACGGCAGUUGUUAAUUAGCAAUGGUUUUAUGUCGUCGGUCUGUUGAGGAGGUUUCAGCACCAGACAGAUUUCCGAGGUGCUGCAGGAGGGAGCGCUGGACCUCCCGCGGCUGCGAGCCGCCUCGCUGCCAGGGCUGCCUGCCCCAGGGUGCUGUCCCACCCGUGGCACUUCUGUGAUGGUCCCCACUUUAUUUUUUGCAAAGAAUCUAACUAGUCAAACAAUCUUGUUUACAUACAAACCAUUUUAAGAGAGACCAAAGGAUUUCUGAUCUUUGUGGCCAUUGUUCUCCCUUAAAACAUGGGCCCGUCACUGGUAAGUGUCCGAGCAGUCGUUGGUCCCAGCAGGGAGAGGGCACUCGAGCGGGUCUCUGUGCCCCCAACACACGGCUGGUGGCAAACAGACACCUGGGGCAGGUGCCUGAUGGAAGCGUCACUGGGGGAGAGGCGACACCUCUAACCACAGCUCGGGGGCAGGCUGAGAUCUGGCCUACAUAAUUAAUCUAUCCCGCAGAUCUGCAGGCACGGCUGGAGCUGGCAGGCAUGCUGCAGAGGCGGCCCCGGACGGGGAGGCACGGAGAGUUCGUCUGCUCCUCACCGCGCGGAGAUGGUCUCCUCGCUGCAGAUCGGGACCCGAAGGCGAGGUGCCGGCGUGCCUGCAAGAAGAGAAUGAAAAACACGAAAAGCUCCGCCUAGAAAGAGAACAGGACCAGAAGAAGGCCAGCGUACAAAGGGUUAACAAUGCCAUUCACGUGGAAGAGCCAAGGAAUGAAAUGCUGGCAGUGCCCAUCUCUCCCCCUGCACCAGCCCCUCCACCUCCUCCACCUCCACCCCUAGCAGCUCCCAUAUCUGUCAUUCCCAUUCCUGUUGUUACCAGCCCCCCUCAGCAAGCAGCGCAGACCACCUUGUCCCCUCCGCUCGUACAACGCCACCAGCCUCUCGUAAGCACUCCCGGUGUCACCAAGGAGGCGUCGUCAGUUGCACCUGUCAUCCAGAGACCAUCUGGCCCACUUCUUCCAGAUGUGAAAGCUGCUACACCCCCGUCAGGUAGCCCAAAGCAGCUCCAGCAUUAUGCAGCUCCAGUCCUGGCCAUCUCUCAGCACCAUGUUGUUCAGCAGCCAAUACAGCCCCACCCUCAGUCACAUCAACCCCUGCAGCAGCAUCCAGGACCACCCCCACAGCUCAGUGCUCUAAAGCUGGCUCCAGCAGAAGAUGCCAAACCAAAUGAGCAGAAGAAGAGACCUGGAGGAGUUGGGACCAGGGAAGUACAUAAUAAAUUGGAGAAGAACAGACGUGCUCAUUUGAAAGAAUGCUUUGAGACAUUAAAACGCAACAUCCCCAACGUAGACGACAAGAAGACCUCAAACCUCAGCGUUCUAAGGAGUGCCUUGCGAUACAUCCAGACUUUAAAGAGAAAGGAAAAAGAAUAUGAACAUGAAAUGGAGCGGCUAGCAAGAGAGAAGAUUGCUACCCAGCAACGGUUGGCAGAAUUGAAGAAUGAGCUGAGCCAGUGGAUGGACAUCUUGGAAAUUGACAGAAUUAUUCGACAGACAGUUCAGCCAGAGGAUGACCAAGCAUCUACCUCGACAGCAUCAGAGGGUGAAGACAACAUUGAUGAAGACAUGGAAGAUGACAGGCCAGUGAACUCAUUACCAAAACUAACCCAGCGCCAGCACCCAGAGCUGCUGAAAGCCGUCCCUUCAAACGCUACUUCACAUCACCCAGCAGUUUUGCCUCAGCACCUAUCUAUACAGCAGAAACAAACCCCAGCCCACGCACAGCCUCCCAUCCAGCCACAAGCACUGGUCCAGCCGCAGGCGAUUGUCCCAGCACAGACUCAUAUCGUGGCGGCUUCAACAGUGCAAUCGACUGUUAUUGCCCACACCGCCACUACCCAUGCUUCGGUCAUUCAGACUGUCAACCACGUGAUUCAGGGUCCACAGACCAAGCACAUUGCUCACAUUGCACCUUCCACGUCCAGCCCUGUGCAACUCACCACUGCUGCUCAGCCUAUUGGCCACAUCACUGUGCACCCAGCAACCAUCAAUCACAUGGCUCACCUCGGCCAGCAGUUACCCAUCUAUCCGCAGCCCGUGGCCGUCAGCCAGCCGGUCGUGAGCCACAUUGCUCACACGAUUUCUCACCAGCAAGUGAAUGGAACCACAAGUCUUGGCCAGCAAGCAGUGAUGGCCAAACCUGCUGUAGGAACCCAAGUUGUCCAUCAUCCACAGUUAGUUGGGCAAACAGUCCUAAAUCCGGUAACUAUGGUAACCAUGCCAUCAUUCCCAGUGAGCACACUGAAGCUGGCCUAGAGAGGAUAGUGCGACGGCAAAGUCUUUUGUGGGAACCUUUCCUAAACUCCAUACAUUCCAACCACGUCCGAUUCCAAGGGAGAGAAGUGCAGAAAACUGAGAAUGGCGAGACACAUGGGUUGGGGCCUACUGGGGCUAUCCUCAGCCGCUCGGUAACCAACCUGCUAGUGAUGAUGAGAAACGGGGCCUCUCUGCACUUGAAUUUUGCUAAUCAGAGAAAACUUUAAAGACAGUUGUUCAUGGUGAUUUUUUUUCCUUUUAUGUGUAAUCAGUGAAAUAUGGAUAUGAUGUUAUUAAGACUUUAAUUUUCCCCUUUCAUGUGUUGCUUCUUUGUAGAAUAAAAAUUGCUGAUCUCUUUAUUGAGACAUUGCGUAGAAUGGAAAAAAAUCAUAGAAGUCUAUAUUUAUAUAUAUGUGUGUAUGUGUGUGUAUAUAUAUGUAUAUACAUAUAUAUAUAAAUAUAACAUUUGAAGAAGGCCUUUGGUAAGGUUGAUUAUUUUGCAGGAUUAUUAGACAAAAUUCAUUUUUGGAGGAGGAAGACAGAGUGUCCUCUCUAAACGAGAAACUUUAAGAUAGACGGUUUGGUGGACCAGGGUACAUUUACAGUGACAAAAAAAGGUAAACCAUGUUAAAGGUAUUUCCCUUCAAUACAUAACAUUUCAAAAAAACAUCUAAAAUCACUGUGACUUGUUAUGGCAUUUUAAGGAAAUUCUGUCCUGUCUAAUAAAAGGAAAAAGAAUACACAACUGGA